AUGCCGCUGCUUACACUCGGCGCCAAACUAUGGAGCUUACUUACAGCAAUCUUUGGCAUGAUACUUGACGUUGUGCAGUUUUGGAAUCAUAGAUGGAUGUUAUGGCUGAGAUCAAGAUCUCCAAAGAAUAAAUUAUCUUAUGCGCUUAGCACAGCGAAUACGUUCGAGGAGUGGGAGGAGACUGCCUUUCGACUCGACGAGUUGCUUAGCGCUGAUUUAUGGCGCCAAAACCCAACAAGCAAACAUUAUGACUACAGACUCAUCCUUCAGAGACUAGAAUCAAUCCUGGGCGCCCGGGAGUCAGAGGAUAUCCUGACUCUGGUCAGCAUUCUUCGCUCCGGCCUGGUUCGCAAUCUUGGUAACAUCACCUCUACGAAACUUUUCAAUCACGCCUAUGCCGGUACAAAACUGUUGAUUGACGACUAUAUUACACAUGUGGCUCUAUCCAUUCAGUACGUCACGUCUCUAGAAACCAUACCUAUGCACGUGAGCGGUUUCACGUCUCAGGCCAAACUGGAAUUGCUACAUGAUACUCGACAGGCGUUUGGCAGAACUACUCUCGUUCUACAGGGUGGUUCUGUCUUUGGGCUAUGUCAUUUGGGUGUUGUCAAGGCAUUGCAUCUUCGAGGUCUUUUACCUCGUAUCAUUACUGGUACUGCCACAGGAGCUUUAGUAGGUGCUCUUGUCGGUGUUCGUACAGAAGACGAACUCUUAGACUUUUUGGACAGUGAUAUCCUCGAAUUUUGUGCAUUUAAUGGUGAAUCCGCAAAGGGGAAAUCGAAAGGGAAUUUGGUAGCAGGCACAAUGCAGAAUGAACGGUCACGAAUUGGUUUUGGCUGGCUGUGGCGAUAUUUUACGGAAGGAAACUUCCUUGAUGAGUCUGUUCUGGAGGAUUGUGUACGGACAUAUGUGGGCGAUAUGACCUUUGAAGAGGCGUAUGCAAAGACAAAGAGGAUAUUGAACAUCACUGUAGCGGCUUCAGGAAAGGGCGCAUUUCCAAAUUUGUUGAAUUAUCUGACGGCACCUAAUGUGCUCAUUCGGUCCGCUGCGCUAGCUUCAAACGUAUCCUCGGGCACACUCUACUGCAAAGACGAGACAGGCGCAAUUGUCCCCUGGCCUCAUACCCAAGACGUCACAUUCCGGUCCUGGCGGCAGGUCAAUCUCAGCGGCCGAGAACUGCCGCUCGCUCGACUCGCCGAGUUGUUUAAUGUCAACCAUUUCAUCGUUUCCCAAACACGGCCAUACAUUGUUCCCUUCCUAUACCCCGACACUCACCCCGGCCAACGACUCAGCAGUCACGCAAGUCUCAACCAACCUCUUAUGCGAUUGAUCAUGCUGGAGAUAAGACACAGAUUAAAACAGCUAGACUACCUCGGAUUCCUACCCAUGAGUCUCCGGCGCCUGCUCAUGGACGAAAAUAUUCCCGGUCCGAGCUUAACCCUCAUUCCAGACCUGACCACGAGCGAUUUCCUCAAACUUCUCCAAGCCCCUUCCAAAGCGGGCCUGGAUUACUGGGUACGUAAAGGUGAGCGGGGCGUGUGGCCCGCUGUCAGCGCCUUAAGAGUAAGGUGCGCAAUUGAGAUUGAGCUGGAUCGAUGCUAUCAGACGGUCCGACGGCGGCGGCGGCGCAGCGACGUCAGUCAGCAGCCGGCUGUUGUUCCUCAUUAUCGACAUGGAGCGAAUGAGGGGGUUCCACGGAAGCGUCGGUCGAUUGGGCUUGAGUCUGUAGAUUAG